AUGGCGGUGCUUACUGGUUUGCGGUGAACCUUGCGUGUUAUCACGUUGUUAACUUGCGAAGCCUUGGGUGACAGUGACUCCGGCGAACGUGCCGAGCCGAGGUCGGCCACGCAGCUGCGUUUCGCUGCAACGCCUCCGGACUGGACUGGGCGCAGCAGUCGGUGGCGGGGAAUGGGCCGUUCGCGUGUGCUGCACCUGCCUUCGAUCAGGCGCCAGGACCAAGGAAUGUACCAGUGCUUCGUGCGGCUGUCCCCCAAGAGCACCAUACAGGCGGCAGCCGAGCUCAUUGUUGGCGAUCAAGCUCCAAGGUUCAAAUCAACUUUCGAUGAGGUUACCGUGCGGCCGGGAAAGCCCAUGUCACUGCGAUGCGUGGCAAUGGGUGACCCACCUCCACGCAUCAACUGGUCACUGGACGGCAUGUGGCCCAUCGACAAUCGCCACGGCCGCGUCCGUGUUCGUACUACAGGCCCGGACGCUAGUUCUGGCGCCCAUGGAGCUGAGGUGUCAAGCACGCUGUCCAUUUCGUCCACCGAAGUACAAGAUGGCGGCUCGUACGUCUGCGAGGCGUCCAACUACGCAGGCACGGCGUUGCACACGGCUCGACUCAACGUUUACGGGCCGAUCUUCGUCCGAGCACUGGGAAACCUCUCGGCCUUGUCCGGUUCCACGUUCUCAGUGCAGUGCCCUUUCGGCGGAUACCCUUACGGCAACAUAGACUGGGACAAAGAUGGUCGGCGGUUGCCGCUGAAUCAGCGCCAAAUGGUGUAUCCCAACGGAACACUUGAGAUCCACAAUAUGGACCGCGAGCACGACCAAGGCCAAUACACGUGCACCGUUCAUGGACCGGACUCCCAGGCUCUCCAUCGGACAACAUCGCUGUUCGUGCGCACCGGACCGCAGAUAACGCCGUUCGGCUUCCAGGCCAACCUGCACGAGGGAAUGCGGGCGGGCCUCACGUGCCUCGUGCACGCCGGCGACCCGCCUAUUCGCAUCGAGUGGUUGCGCGACGGGAAGCCGCUGGUGCCGGGCGCCUACCCGCUUCCCGACGUAGCCGUGCUCUCUCCCGAAGGCGGCUUCGUGUCCACGCUGACGCUGCCACGUCUCUCGUCGCGCCUCAACGGAAACUACACAUGCCGGGCCGCGAACGAGUACGCGUCAGCCGAGCAUUCGGCAGAGCUACUCGUUAAAGUGCCUCCCGCCUGGACCAUGGAGCCCAACGACACGACUGCCGUGACGGGGCGCUCGGUUUACGUCGACUGCCAGGCCAGCGGAGUUCCCCAGCCCCACAUUCGAUGGAAGAGCUCUUCAGAGCCCGUAAGUCCGGCAUCGCAGUUCCGCACCAUCAUCAGCAAUUCCCGUAUCCACAUCCUAGUCAACGGCACACUCAGCAUCCGCAGCGUGGAGCCCGGGGACGCCGGACUGUACCUGUGCGAGGCCUCAAAUGGCGUAGGAUCAGGAAUAAGCCGCGUGCUCCAUCUUACCGUGCGAAGUGCACCACGCUUCGCAAGCAAGUUCACUACUGUGUCGGUUCGUCGGGGAGAAGGCACGGAACUGACCUGCCCAGCCCAGGGAGACUCGCCCAUUCGUUUCCACUGGCUGAAGAACAAUCUGCCACUCAAUGUGCUAAAAGAAAGGAGGUAUUCCAGGGUGGAAGAUAGAAACGGUGAGACCACAAUCUCGAGGAUCAGCAUCCACCAGGUCGAGAGGUCAGACAACGCCGUUUUCACCUGCCAGGCUGCCAAUGAAUUCGGCGAGGAUUCGACCAAUAUUCAACUAACCGUUCAAGACGUACCGGAUCCGCCGGUGGAUGUCGACGCCAGAGACGUGGGCAGCCGCACGGCUCGGAUCACGUGGUCGGCCCCACUCACGGGAAAUUCGGCCAUCACUCAGUAUGUGCUCCACUGGAACACGAUCGAUGGCCUCUGGCAGGACACGCUGUCCGUGUCCGGACUGGAGACAAAAGCCACUGUGCGAGGUCUGCUGCCCACAACGACGUACCAGCUGAAAGUUCGGGCCCACAAUGCCCUCGGCAUCGGCGAGUACAGCGCACCAGUCGAGUUCACCACCUCUAAAGAGCCUCCCCGGUUUCCACCGAAGAAUGUACAAGCCAUGGCGACAAACACGAGGACAAUAUCAGUGUCCUUUGACAAUCCCCGCCGUUCAAGUGUGGGUGACGAGAUCGAAGGAUUCUACGUGGGGUAUCGUGAGCUCUCCAGCUCGGACGCGUUCACCUUCAAGACAUUCGAGGCGUCGCCGGCACUACUGUCGGCUCCUGUGAGCCACGACGCCAGCAGUAUACACGCGGACGUGAGUGAAACAGUGAGACCUGCGGAGCUUGUACCACACAGGUUGAGCUACGAACUCGCCGGACUGCGCCGAUCCACGGAGUACGUGGUCACGGCUCAGGCGUUCAACACCAAGGGCGCUGGACCCCAGUCCGAAGUCGUCAGAGUGCGAACACUAGACUUCGACCCACCGAGUGCUCCACAUUUGCGAGUAGGUGGCACAACAGUGCGGUCUGUAUCUGUCAACUGGGAAAACGAGCAUCAUCAAGAGAUCCCCAUCACAGGCUACUCGCUUUACUAUAGGUCGGAAUCAGGUGGCGAAUGGCACGAGGUGUCCGUGCCACCUGAUCGACGGGCCUUCACGUUGUCAGACCUGCGUUGCGGCACGGAGUACCUGGUCUACAUCAGAGCCGCUAACCGUGCGGGAAAGGGGCCACAAGGAGAGACCCUCAGCGUGCGGACCAAUGGAGGACGUCCGGUGGAGCCUGACGCAAACCGUCUGUUCGAAGUCAACACGACGUUUGUGGUGCUCCAUUUGGAUGCAUGGGAGAGUGGUGGGUGUCCAGUGUCCUACUUCGUGGUCCAGUACCGGCCAGAUACCCGCGCACCUUCUCCGCCUCAUUCGUCAUCUGACUGGACGCUCCACUCGAACAAUGUAGUGCCGCAGCAGCAACUCGUUCAGCUCGCAGACUUGACGCCAGGCACGUGGUACACGCUGCUGAUGUCUGCCCACAACGACGCUGGUUCGACUGAGGUGGAGCUGAGCUUCGCCACACUAACGCUCGCAGGAGACGUUCCUUCCAGGAAGUACGAGCUCGUAGACCCCCAGGUUGCCUUCUACAGGCACCUCACGGUGACAGUGCCCAUCGUGAGCGCCAUUGUGGUACUAGUGAUCGUCAUCGGCAUUGUAUUGUUCAUGCUGAGAAAACGAAACUACGACCCAAGACAGCGCUUCAACGACGGCAUGGUGGUGGCGGAGUGUUGCGACGGCGUCAAGGGUGACGUGAUGCUGGCUGUGUCCCGAGAAUCCCAGGCGAGGCAGCCCGUCUACUACCCAGCGCCGUACGCGAUGAACCAUCGGGGUGGUGUGUCUUCGAACGCCGAUUCUGGCCACUUCAACCACGUAACUGGUGCCAGGGCAGGGGGCGGGGCCGAUGACCCCAUGAACCGGACGUACGACGUGCCUUACCCCGUCAAGAGAGUAGGUCAAUAA